GCUGAAGACUUGGAUGGGCCUGUUCCAUAUCUAUGAUAUCCGUUUGUUUUGUUUUGAAAGAUUGUGUAAACAAAGUGCAGCGUGUUUGUGCAUUUGUGUUGCAGAGUGUUACGAACAGUAGUUAGUUUCUGCGUUGAAGAAUGACGUCGGUUCAGGUCCAAGGGGAUCAGAAAGAAAAGAAAAGGAAAGAAAGUAUUCUUGAUCUCUCAAAAUAUCUGGAAAAAAACAUCAGAGUGAAAUUUGCUGGUGGCAGGGAGGCAGCUGGUGUGCUCAAGGGUUAUGACCCUCUCCUUAAUCUUGUGUUGGACAAUACCUCAGAGAUUCUUAGAGAUCCAGAUGACCCAUACAAAUUGACGGAAGACACAAGAAUGUUGGGCCUCGUUGUGUGUAGAGGAACUUCAGUAGUGCUUAUCUGUCCCGUGGAUGGAAUGGAAAGCAUACCAAAUCCAUUUGUUCAACAAGAAGCAUGAACUAUCAUCAAAGAAUAUUUUCCUUUUCCUUUUGCAUUAAAGUACCUAUAUAAUUAUUUGUAAAUAAACUGAUUUUUUUUAUAAAUAAAUAUAUUGGACAACUGUAAA